AUGAGCACACUCAACGAUGGCCCUCCCUUCGGCCCUGUGGUCAACGGGACGAUGGUGGUGGUAUUCUGGGAAUACCGACCGAGCAACAUCGCGGCUUACGUCUUCCUCGCUCUGUUUGCCUUAGCCACGCUGGGUCACGUUCUGUAUUUCUUCUGGCUGCGAGCCUGGGUCUUCAUUCCCUUCAUCCUGGGUGGAGUGUGCCAAGUCUUCGGCUACCUCGAACGCGCCGCCGCCCACUCCUCACCCACCAAGCUAGGCCCCUGGAUCCUGCAGAACAUGCUCCUCCUCGUCUCGCCGCCCCUGCUCGCCGCAACAGUGUACAUGGCGUACGGGCGCAUCGCCACAGCCCUCCUCAACCACGGACUCACCACCACCGUCACGAAAUCCUCCAAACACCGUGACAGAAGAAACUGCUGCCACUCCCUCUGCUGCACCUGCUCGCCCACGCGCGCCUACGUGCUCGUCGACGUCCUCGCCAUCUUCACCCAGCUGAUCGGCACCGUGCUGCCGGCCAGCGGCACACCCGAGGCGGCACGCCUGAGCAAGAUUGUCGUGGUCGUGGGGCUUGUCGCGCAGGUUGUGGCCUUGUGUGUCUUUCUCGGAGUUGGGUGCGCACGGCUGCAUGUGCGGCUGCUGAAAAGGAGGAGGGAGGAUCCGUCAUCGUCAUCGUCGUCGUCGUCGUCGCUGAGCUGGGUUAUUGCUAUUAAUAAUCGGUUGGGGUAUCUUGUUGUGUUGGAGAUUGCGGCGGGUAUGUUGCUGGUUAGGAGCGUCGUGCGCGGGGCGGAGUAUCUAGAGGGGACGGAUGGCGGGGUGGUGGCGGGUCAUGAGGUGUUUAUUUAUGUGUUUGAUGCGCUGCCUAUGUUGGUUGUGAUGGGGGGGUUCUUGGUGAUGCAUCCGAUGAGGCUGGUGAGGGAGGUGGGCAGGUUGGAGAGGGUCGUGAAGGGAGCUGGGAGGGAAUCCGUGGAGUUGAGAGGGUAA